CUCUGACUGUCUAUCUCUGACUGUCUAUAACUGACUUCCACCUCUGACUGUCUAUUGGUUCUUGUGUAUAGCUGUUUAACAUUGCUGACUUUUUGGAAGGGUUUUUUGGGCGUAAUAGUCUGUAGCAGUCUCUUGAAGACUGUCUAAGAUUGCUGACUGUCUCUCCAGAGCUGCAGGAUGAGCUCCAGUAGAGGAAGACUUGGGCCUCUCCGCACCCUCCCGCGUGCCUUACUCCUUGACGUGGCUCCUCCUGGGUGGGCUUUGAUAGCCAAGGAGCUGUCUGAAGCUCUUAGUAACACGUUCAGUGUGAGUGCUGCCUUCACACAGCCCCAGAGACUGCUGAGUAUCUACACUGUGCGAGAGCGCCACCAGUGCCUGCUGCCUCUGUUGAAAAUUAGGGGUAAUCUACCUCGGUUACUUAGCUGUCUCUCAGAACUGCGCUCUCUACCUCGAGAUGGAUCCUGUGGACCCUGGAGUGGUGCAAUGGCACUGGCUGUGCUGGACUCUCUGCAACAGAACAAGCAGUGGAUGCAGCACAAUGUUCCAGGGGCAACUGGACACAACUGCUUCAUGGAGGUUACUGUAGUAUCCACACGUUUAGGCGGUGAGGUGGUCGCUGAGUUGGACCUUGGGCUGAAGGAUGCUGAUCUGGGAUUGCUGCAGAGAUUACUAGUUGUCCAGAUUUGUAAUACAACCGGAGACACAGUCAGUGACAGCUGUCCCGAGUCAAGGACAGGUCUGUCAGUAUGUGACACUGAGGUCCGUUUGAUUUCUGGAGACACUUUGAGUAUUGAAAGUUUCUUUAAGUCCUGGCUUUUUGAAAGUUGUCCUGAGAAAGAGCAGCUUCGUGUAAUUGUGCCCAGCGGAGACACACCUUUGUGUUUAAUUUGUGACGUUCAGCAGCGGAUUAUAAACACAGAGAUUUUACACCAGGCACAAGGACAAGACUGCGCUCUGAGGGCAAAUCAAAGAGAUUCCCCUCAGGAAAAAGUCACCCAAGUCAUGCGUGUGCUCAGGGCUGUGUCGAAUCAAGGAGUCUGUGGGUCAUUGCUGUAUGGCCUUCCCACAAUCCUGCUCCCCACCACAUGCUGGGAAUUGGACUGGGAUCAGCUGGAAUCGAAUCAGGAAGAGUUUUAUGCUUUGUGUCAUUGUUUGCUGUCCCAGGAGCUGUCUCUCCUUGCAUGCAGUACCCAGAGAUCCCUCACACCGCUUCCUCCUGUCAUGCCUCACUUCAUUAUUUCUGCAUCAGACUCACCAGCUCUUCUCCUUCGUUCGGUUGCUACCAGAGAACUUGUCCUUCCACUGGAGACUGCUCGUAUUAGUUGCCCUUUGCCAGACAAUACUCUGCACACAGUCCAGAAUGCUCUACGCUGUCUCCCUGUGGAAUCCGUGUAUAACCCGCUAUUAGCGAGCUCCAAUCUAUAUCAGUACCUUCAGCAUGUCCCCAACCAGCCAAGUAGACAGCAGGGGCAUGUAAGACACAUGACAUCAUCACGUGGACAAGUGGUCGGAGGGCCCAACAUGAGGCAGGUUGCAGUCAGGCAAAGUAAAGCCAGGGCAACAGUGGCACCUCUCUCUCUGGUGUCUCCAACUUCCUAUACGUCCAUUACAUAUUGUGAAGACAAACCGAAACAUGGGAACACCGUCCACCAGGACAAGAAGGACUUCCUAUCUGAUGUCUAAGCAGUGCCUUCUGUACAACACGUUUAUAGUUGGGUUUUUGUCCAGGCUGUAGCAUAGCCAAGGUCCUGAUCAACUGCAGCAAGCAUCCCCUACCCCCAGACACGUCCAUCAAACGUUCCCCAAGAAAUUCUCCACUGACUCAUAUCCUGCCAUAUCUCCUAAUCUAGUGCCUGACAAUUUACAUCAAACAGUAUAUAUAGUUAUUGGGACAAUCCUCACUACUCCUGACAUAUAGAAUACUAUCUUUUAAUAUUGCUAUAUAACUGUUUGAUAACUGCUAAUACCGUCUCUGCACAGUUAAAUUCCUGACA